GCUAACGUUAGCUUUCCAUAUCAUUAUUCCCAACCACAACAUAAAAAAAUGGAGAAUUUCAUAGAAUUCUGACACUCAAAGUCUAAAGAUAGAGAAGAAGAAAAAACUUUGUAAAUCAAUCAUUAAAUUCAAUUUGAAAUGGGAAAAUCUGGGUUGUUAUUAGUUUCAGAUUUUGUGCUCUCAUUUAUGUGGGUAUGUUUUGGUGUUCUUGUCAAAAUCUUUGUAUUCCAUUUUCUGGGUUUUAACCAUAAUUUUACAGGAGAAAUCGUUAAGCUUUGUUUUUCUGUUAUUAAUUUAUUUUUGUUUGCGUUAUUGAGUAAAUAUGCAAGAGGUGCUACUUAUAAUCCAUUGAAUUUAUUGGCUGGAGCAAUUUCUGAGGGUUUUAGUCAGUUUUUGUUCAUUGUUGGAGGAAGAAUUCCAGCUCAGGUGCUUGGUGCUAUAUAUGGAGUUAAGUUCCUAAUUUAUACUUUCCCUGAAAUUGGCCGGGGACCAAAGCUGAACGUUAACAUCCAUCAAGGCGCGUUAACAGAAGGAAUCCUAACCUUUUUGAUUGUUUUCAUUUCUAUGUCAUUGUCGAGAACAAUUCCGGGAAGUUUCAUGACUAAGACGUGGAUUUCUAGCCUUUCGAAACUCACCCUUAACCUUCUUGGUUCGGAUUUAACUGGUGGAUGCAUGAACCCAGCUUCUGUGACGGGAUGGGCAUACGCUCGUGGUGAUCACAUAACUAAGGAACACAUAUUUGUCUAUUGGCUUGCUCCAGUCGAGGCAACCUUAUUGGCGGUAUGGAUGUUCACGGUGUUGUUCCCCGACACAAAAGAGAAAUCGGACACCAAGCCAAAAUCAGAAUAAUCUCUGUACUUUUCUCCUUUUUUCUUUUUUGUAAGUCUUUGAUUUGGCAUUCGUAUAUCCGCUGAAAAAAGUUAGGAGUAUAGAACCUUUCAAGUAGGAGUCCCUAUUGUACUCACUAUCCAUAAAACAAAGUGUAAAGUUUUUUCGAUAUAUUAACUUCAAAUUAAUCAUUGAAAUCGAUCAGAAUUUAGUAUUGUCCAAAGCCCUUGUUGUUUCUCAAAAGCUCGACAUUCUCUUGAUCCGGGUCAGUGUCACAUGAAUCGCUAAUUGCAUUGCGAAUCGCAAAUCGAAUGGUUGGUUUUAGGCUAUUUUUGUAACAUUUUGAGUGAAUCAGGAAUCUAAAAGGCGAACUAACUAGCGAAUUAUGUUUUACUGAUCCGGGUUCAUUUGAAUUAGUGUUGAACCUUCUUAUGUAAUAUGUGUCGUGAGUCACGCGUGCCAUGAGAACAGGGUAAUACACAUCUGUAAAUGCAGAUUUUUGGUGUAGUGAACACUUAGGGUCAUCUGUAAUUUCAGAUUAUGGUUCAUGCAUAAGAAAAUAUACGCAAAACAAGGUUGUAUCAUUGUAUCAUAAACAAUGCAAGAUGUCAAAAUCCGCAAUUCAUAAGUUUACAUAUUGUUACAACUUCUUGGUUCUCCGAAAUGCGAGUUAUCCUCAAGUAUAAACUACUAUAAGGAAUGAUAUGGUUGAAUACAUUGGGAAAUCUAAUAUACAAGCUGUGGCUCGAAUUCUGCUAAAUCGACUGAGCCUGAUUCAAUAGGUGGCAUCAGAUACGCAGCCAAGAUUU